UGUUUCCAUUCAGAUUUGUUAUGCCACUGGACUUAGGUGCAAAAGGGAGCUGUCAGAUUGGUGGAAAUGUUUCAACUAAUGCUGGUGGUUUCCGCCUUGUCCGUUAUGGUUCACUUCAUGGAAAUGUACUUGGUCUGGAAGCUGUUUUAGCAAAUGGUGAUGUGCUUGAUAUGCUUAACUCUUUACGUAAAAAUAACACUGGAUAUGACUUAAAGCAUUUGUUUAUAGGAAGUGAAGGAUCCUUGGGAAUUGUAACUAAAGUUUCUAUACUUACCCCUCCCAAGCUAUCUUCAGUUAAUCUAGCUUUUCUUGCAUGCAAAGAUUUUUUUAGCUGCCAGAGACUUUUACAAGAGGCAAAAAGGAAACUUGGGGAGAUUCUGUCUGUUUUUGAAUUUUUGGAUAUCGAAGCAAUGGAUUUAGCUCUAAAUCAUUUAGAAGGAGCCCGGAAUCCAUUGCCUCCUUCAAUUCACAACUUUUAUGUUCUGAUUGAGACAACAGGCAGUAAUGAAUCUUAUGACAAGGAGAAACUUGAGGCCUUCUUACUAAGCUCAAUGGAAGGUGGUUUAAUAUCUGAUGGUGUAGUUGCACAAGAUAUUAACCAAGCAUCCUCAUUUUGGCGAAUACGUGAGGGUUUGCCAGAAGCAUUGAAUAAAGCAGGGGUUAAUUACAACUAUGACUUAUCAUUACCUGUUGAAAAGAUGUACAAUCUUGUGGAGGAUAUGCGAGCGAGACUUGGUGGUUUGGCCAGAGUCGUUGCAUAUGGGCACCUAGGGGAUGCAAAUUUACAUCUUGAUAUUUCAGCUCCAAAGUAUGAUGAUAAGAUUUUGGCUCAGAUUGAGCCUUAUGUCUAUGAAUGGACAUCUAAGCACCGGGGAAGCAUAAGUGCAGAGCAUGGGCUGGGACUGAUGAAAGCUAAUAAGAUCUUUUACAGCAAAUCACCUGAAACUGUGCAACUAAUGACUUCCAUCAAGAAACUUUCAGGUGGAGAAUAUGACUUUGAUUAGAGGAGUCAAAUGAAGCAUAUACCUGCCUAAAAAGAUGGGGCAAAAGUAACAUCUUUCCUUGGUUUUCUUCUCGUUAUGUUGGCAUUGGAUAGGAAGCAAUAGGAAAACUAAUGACUCGUAGCUUCGAGUAAAAAUAUGUAUUUGGAGAGAUUUCUUUAUUAUGGGGUUUGAUAUUUGAUAUCACUCGUUUUUAAAUUAAUUAAGUUUUAAAAU